UUAUUACUUUAAUGGACCAUUAUGAUGAUAUAAUAUAAGAUAAUUUGUAUGAAGAGUUUAGAUGUAUAAAAUUAUUUAUUGAAGUUUUAGUAGUAGAGUUUUACUUUUAAUUAGGGGUUGAUUUUUCUGUUAUGGCUAAAUGGAUGCUGAAAAUGAAACUAGGUAACAAUGCUAACCAUUGGUUAAUCUCUGAAUGCAUGUUAUUGCAGUUAAGACUGGAAACAAUGCUUGUUCUUGAAGUUUCAAAAGGAUCUCUUGGGAGAAAUAUUAUUUUCUGUUACUUUUACAGCAUUAGAAAUUUACAAUUACUAUAGUUGAGAAUAUUAGGUUCAUAUAUUUGCUAACUAUUGGCAUUUAUUUAAUCUACAUGUAUUCCGUUGGACGAUUGGUACAAAUCCCAGUUUGCAAUUUCAAAAAUGUUGAAUUUUCUUUCUUUGUUUUUCUAAAAAGAAUUGGAAUUUGCUUUUUGAAAUACUGGCAGUGCUGUACUCAUGAAAUAAAAAGCCAGUGGCAACCACUUGAUAAGAACAUAGUUGAAUAUUUCACAUUGGGAGAUCUCUGGAAUUGCUAUGAUGAAUGGAGUGCAUAUGGUGCCGGCACAUCAGUGGUGUUAGAUAGUGGUGAGGAUGUUAUGCAAUACUACGUUCCUUACCUGUCCGCCAUUCAGAUCUACACUAAUAAGUCUGUUGCCACUUCCAGGAAUCUAAGAGAGGAUACUGAAGUCGCAGAAUUUGAAAGCGAUUCUGGGAGUGAUGAUGGUGGGAGUGAUAAGCUAUCAAGGUCUCUCAGCAAUAACUCCAGCAGGACUUGGGAUGCCAUUUCUGAGGAUUCAAGCUUGGACCAGGAUGGCUCAUGGCCAAUGAACAAUAAGCUUGGGUACCUUUACUUCCAGUACUUUGAGAUGUCUUCUCCUUACUGGAGGGUUCCACUUAGGGAAAAGAUAACUGAAUUAGCUCGGAAUCAUCCGGGGCUAAUGACGCUUAGAAGUGUGGAUCUCUCACCAGCAAGUUGGAUGGCUGUCGCUUGGUAUCCUAUUUAUCAUAUUCCAUCAAAGAAAAAUGAGAAGGACUUGUCAACAUGCUUCCUCUCUUAUCAUACACUAUCUUCAUCUUUUCAAGAUAGUGCAGUUGAGCAUGAUGAUAACACAGGUAAUGCAUACUCUGAAUUGGGAGAAAAAACAGAGGGUAAACCAAAAGGCGAAGGAAGCGGAAGGGUUUCCCUCACUCCCUUUGGGCUAGCUUCUUAUAAAAUGCAAGGAGAUAUUUGGGUAAACCCAAAUACAUGUGACCAAGAAAGGCUAAUCGAUCUUCAUUGUGCCGCAGAUUCCUGGUUGAAGCAGCUGAACGUCUACCAUCAUGAUUUCAGCUUUUUCACUCACCACUGUAACUUGUAAAUCAGUAUGUUUUCUUGACCUUCCUCAUCCUUUAGCUUUUGUUCAGUUAUCACCAGCAGCCUCCAUGUGAGACGUGCUGCAGUUUUGAAAACAAACAUUCAGUAACUUAGAGCAUUGAUACAAGCUUUUCACUAUGCUCUAUGGAUAGCCCUGAAAGUGACGAUGUUGUAAUUAUAUCAAAACAUUGGCUAGCUCCAAAUGUUUUUAAGGGUUUUUUUGAGUUUGGUGUUUAUUUACUUAGGAGUCAGCCUUAUAACUUUUCCCUUUGCUAACUUCUGUAAUUUCCCUUUCGCUCAUGUUUCCUGAGGUUAGUCUGUGCAGAUAGUUUGUGAGUCUGCGUUGUAUGGACUAAGAACAAGUUUAAUAGAAGCAUAUGACAUGUUUUUCGUUAGCUAAGGCGUGUUUAAAAUUAAAAUAUGAAUGUUUACGUUGAUGGGUUUAGAUAUAUGUU